AGUUCGAAACAAAACGCGCGACCGCGCGGACGUGUUUGUAGCGUUUAGCGUUCCUGACGGUGCGUCUCACAGUGUUCUAGUGUCGGCGGUGCGUGUGCUUGUGAAUGGGAACCAGCUAAACCGUACGCGUGUGUGUGUGUGCAGUGGCGUUAGCAGUGGCAACCCAACAAUUCGAUCGCAGUGCACUAGAAAUCCGGUGCAGGAAUCGACGUGAGUGGCCCGUCGACGCGAGUGCAUCCGAACGAAACGAGCAGCGAGUGCAUUCCCGGUGCGAAGGGUUCUCCGGCGAGCGAGCGAGCGACCGGCCGACCACCCCGAAGGCCAGGAGCACUCAAACGAGCACGGCGAAACGGUGGACGAAAAUGAGCAGCAUUAGGAGCGGUGCUUAAUGAAGCAUACAUUAACAGCAUCGACCACUUUCUUCUGCUCGAGGAAAUAAGGUGGCAGGGCGAACGCCCAAAGUGCCCUGUCGACUGUCGUCGUCGUCGCUCGCAGCAACUCUGGCCUGGCGCACGGGGGGGAAAAAAAGAGAAACUCAAUUUCAGCUUGUGCUGCUCGUAGUUGUGAUAGUGAGAAUGGUUCUGGUGCUACGGUUUCAAGUAGUUUUGCACUUGCUUAUGAUGCGCCCGGCCAACCUUCAUCCCAGCGCCAGUGAAAUUGUGACCAUGUGAACGACAGCUGCGGCCGAGUAACAAUGUUUUUCAUCGGGGAAGGCGUUCGUGUACGGAAAAGACAUCAACCUUAAUCGACGUAAUAGCGCGAAUGCCCACAGCGAGCAUUGAGGAGGUAAAGUGAAGCAAUAAGAAAGCGAUAUAUCAGCAAAAACAAACCCCAUACGAACACCAUUGAGAGCGAACGUGCGGAUAAAGGUUUCGCAGCGUCCGUACCGACACUAUUUCAAGAACUCGGAACUCGAAAGCCUUCGGGCCGGUGUGAUAGGAUCGUGAUUUAGUAAAAACCCAAACCCCGAAAACAGUGCGCGUGACGUGAAGUGCAAACGUAUGAGCGGCUCUGAGUUGGAUCACCGUUGGACAUUGGCAAGCACCAGUCGGUACCGGAAUCGUUCGCCAUGCUCCGUCGGGGCCAGGAAUGUACGUAAUAUUUCCGGCGGAUGAACUCAUAUUGUUGACAUACGGAAUCGCCGUACCAAGAGUACCGCCCAGACCAACUCUGGACAACCUGCGGGAGCCUCUUGUGCCCACAGGCAGUAGGCCUACAUCCACCACCACCACCACCACCACCAACACCUCCAAAACCACCACCAACACCGUCACUACCUCUUCCACAUCCAACGCCACCUCCUCCAAACACGCAUCCAAAUCCUCGUCCACCAAAAGCACCGCCAGCAAAGCGAACGCCGCGACCACCGCCAGAAAGGCCAACGAUUCGGCGAAAGCGAGCCCCUCAAUCGCGUCUACCGCUGCCAGCCGACGCCAGGAAUCGGGCGAGUCGUACGAAUUGGACGAUCCGACCGGUACCGCCCUAGCAGACGCCAGCGAGCUGGCCUCCUUCAUCGACGAUGUUAGCCCUCGAAAUGGCAUCCCGGCCUCGGCGGCCGCUGGCUCCCUAGGUGCCGGGCGCGGUCCGGCCGGUACCGCGUCGCCUAAGCCGGGGGCUAAGUCCAAAUCGAAGCUGCAGCUCAAGCUGGGCCGCCUGCGACCACAUUCCUCGAUCGAGCAGAACGAGACCGCCUCGCGCGUCCGCGAGGAUCUGCACAUCCAUGUUUCGAACCCGGUCUUUACGCGCGACAAUCUGCGUCAGCGCAACUUCGACGCCUUCUUCGAGUCGGGCGAGCAGGUGUACUCGCUCGAGGUGCGCGAGAAGCCGACGCCCCGGUCGCUCGAUGCGCUUGGCUCGAGCGGUUCCGAUCCCGGGCUGGCCGCCGACGCUGACACCGGGCUGCGGACGGCGGGCUACGACCAGCGGCCCAGCUCGCUAGGCUUCUUCCGGAAGCCGAAGUCGCCGCUUAGCAUACGUUCCAAGAGCGCCGAGCACGAGUUCGCCGACGUCGAGACGUCCCAGAAAGAAUCAUCAAAAAGCCAUCGACAUAACAUAUUUAGCAAGCGUGGAGCGACGCCGAGUGCGGGCCCCGCGUUCCAGGCACUCGGAGGAAGCAUGUCCACCUCCGGUGGGGGAGGAGUGCUCAAGGAUCUGGGCCACCCCGGCCUAAAUGAAGCGCUCAAGUCACACAACAGUGUUACGUUUAAGCUAGUCAAAACAGUUUCGGAUUUCAGCGAGACCUUGGCGCAGCUCUACGAGCAGCAUGCCGAGGCACUGCAAGUGUUGGUUUCGAACUACCGCAAACGCAACAGCGAACUGCGCAAGGAACGGCCCGCCUGUCAGUCGAACCUGUUCACGGCAUGGGAAACGCUGCUGCAGGAGAUCGAGGCGGACUCGCAGGCAACAAUCGACGUGGCCAGCACGCUCUCCAGACAGGUCGCUCGCCCACUGCUGGAGCGCUCGUUCUACCGGAAGGUCCAAAGUAGGAAAGUAUUUACACACCGGGAGUCGUUCGAUACAAUCAUUUCCAAGACUGAAGAGAAACUAUCAAAGUGCCGAAUCGAAUACAAACAAUGCUACAUCGCUCAUCGUCAAAGCCCGACCCAGCACACGCUGACGCAGUACAUCGACUCGCACAAUGCGUACGUGCAGCAGCUGCACGCCACCAACGCCAUGCUCGAGGCGUACCACUGCGAAACGCUGCCGCAGCUGAUGCAGGAGCUGGAGGAGAUCUACAACGACCUGUGCAAUAUCGUGUCGGAAGCUGUGCUGCAGGGUGCCGAAGCCAUCGCUGCCAAGGCAGCGGAACAGGCGAAGCGAUACGAUGGGCUGGCCGUGCAGUGCAAGAACGUUUCGCCGGCACUCGAUCUUGGAUACUUCGUCCGCACACUUCCGGUGCCGCAGACCAUGCAGCGGAUUCCGCGGAAAGCAUUUGCCCCACCACAGUCGGGAAAUGCACCCAACGAGGCCGCUGGUGCCGAAGAUGUGCCGGACUAUGGUGGGGACCCGAUGCUGCCAGUGUUCAAGGAUGAGCUGGUCGUGGACAAAGGUGCAUCCAUCCAAGUGCGCCCGUCGCUGGAAGCGCUGAGACGAGAGUCACAGGAAUUAGAAAUUCAAAUCAAACAACUACAGGAUUCUGUAGACGCUUUAGUUCGUACACAGAUCAGGGGCAUCGAAGGCCAGCUGUACAAUAAGGCGAACGAGAUCCAGGAGGAUAUCUCGAUGAAAAAAUUCGACGUACGGGCCAAACAGAUCCAUCUUGCAGCAGUCCGUGCCCAGAAAGAGUUAUUUUUGGGUAGAAUAGAUCCUGGUUCACCUCGCGGUGAACGUAAAAUGUCUUCUUCUAGUUCUUCCUCAAUGAAGACUAAGUGGCUAAAAGCGUUCCGUAGCCUGAAACCGGCAGGUUCGGCGAACGAUAGGAAGAGCGGUGGUAAUGGAGCACAAAUCCGCUUCGAUGGCACCGAUAAUCACAAUCUGCAGGAGUACACCUACAAAAAGAUCACACCGUGCGACGUUUGCUCGCAAGUUCUACGAGGACACACCCGGCAGGGUCUACGCUGCCGCAUAUGCAAGGUGAACGUGCAUGCCGACUGUGCAUCGCAGCUGCCAAAGUGUCAGGUGAAGCAGAAGCUGCUGCGCCGCCAGAAGAGCACCUCCGAAAUCGAGAACCGUGCCACCGAGGUUGAGGAAGAAAAACCAACCGAUGUCGAUCAGAUAUAUCAGGUCCUUAAGCAGGCGGGCGAAAUUUCCAGCGGCAAAAUUGUUGUCGAUCCGUCAAAGGGCCCUGGAGCGACCGGGACGGCGGCCGCCGGACACAACACCCAAACUGUCUCGAACCCUCCGCUAGACAUUCCCGUAGUGAAAGUGCCUGAGUAUCCGGACCGAGCGCCAUGGCGGGGACCAGUCAAAUCUCAGGGGCCAAAUUAUCCACACCAGAAACAGGGACUGACUGCGCCCGUCGCAACGGACAUGUCAUGCUCAGAUGUGCGCGUACCCACAAACCCAAACAUGCACCAGGCGGUGGCCAUCGAUUCCGGUGCGAGGCGUCGACUGUUUGCAGGCUUCCGGCCCAUGUCCGGCUUCGGCAUACUGCGGCUACGAUCGGCGCAGCAUCGAUCGAUCUCGCUACCCGAAACACCGCAUUCACCUCGACGCCAAAAGCUGAACCUUAGAAUGAAAUCACUCAGCUUGGACUCACCAGAAUCGUCCGAAUUGCAUGGGCAAAUUCGACGGCGUCUCCCGGGACCGACCGGUCACGGUGGCCACGGAGGUUCUGGUGGUCACUUAGAACACAGCACGCCGCCAUCUAACAAUAGUAGGUUACACUCACCUUCCAGCCCUUCGGGUACGCAGAGGAAAUUCCUGUACGCUACGCGUGGCAUGAAGACCGGGUCCGUGGAUCUGCCGGAUGAAAUCGAAAAAAGCCUCUCGUCGGCCAGCACUUCGCCCUGCCCAUCACCGAAAUCCCAUCGUCUUCUACCAACAAACCUCUACGUAGUACUGUACAACUUCAAGUCCCGCCACCAGGAUGAACUAGAUCUCAAAGCUGGAUACAAGGUCACUGUGAUCGAUACAUCCGAUCCAGACUGGUGGAAGGGCAAGUGUCUCGGGAAGGUUGGCUACUUUCCCUCCAAGUACUGUGCAAAGCUUGCAGCGUCGGAAAAACCACUGCAGGUCACACACAACCUACAGGUCACCGAUAAUGAGCGUGGCGAGGGAACGUUAACACUACUGCGCGAUCAAAUCGUUAUUCAGGUUGGCGAAGAGGUAAAUGGCAUGGUUAUGGUUCGCUCGGCCGACAACCGCCAGGGCGUAUGUCCGGUCAAGUACUUGCAGGAGGUCUGACAACCGGAAGAGGAAAAACUCGACCGGGAUCGUGAUAAAGACCACCAACAGCACACAGGAAUGAGCGGCAAGAGCACGGGAGCAAGUGUAUCCACAAAGACGAGCAGAAAGGAGGCACCCACCGGCGGGCCACGACACGAGGGCCGCGAUCAGAAAGACCAAUGUCAUGCGGGCGGACAUCACUACCACCGCGAGAGUCGCAACAACUUCCACAAAUCGUACGAUCGCAGCUGGGAAAAGUGGGAAAAGUUCCGCGAGAAGAAGAUGGAAAUGAUGAAGGCCCACAAGUACAAUGUGGAGCACAGGCUUAAGUACGACAACCAGGAGCGCAUCCUUUACCGACACCACUUCAACAACUACCCGGUGAAACGGCCCCGACCGCGAAAAACGUCCCUCGAGCCUAACUGGUACACGGAAAACAUUUACUCGAACCAAUCAAUCGAUAAUUCGGACGGCGAGUUGGGUGUGGGCUUCUCGCGGCCACAUCUUCCCGCAACUUCGGGUGGGCGCGACAUUAACGGUAACAUGAGCAUGGCCGGUCUCGAGGACGAUGGAAUUUUUACCAUCGACGGCCAUUUCGAGCGUCGGCACAACUAUCCAAAAUCGAACAGCUGCUGCUUCGGCGUGAACCGAAUGCGGGACAUAGACGAGCUGGGUGACGGGUUGGAGCGAGACGACUGGACUGAGCGAUAUCCCAAAAUACCGAAAUCCUACUCGUUCAGUACGUCGCGCAGUAUGGGCGUCGGGUUUAACAUGGCAAAGCUGUACAAUCGCAACAGCUUCGAGAUGCCGGAAUUUCCGAGCCAUCGACGACGGCAUCCGGAGGGUCGCGAUCGAGCGGUCGUGCGGUUGUGUGAUCGCGAGGGUUGCUUCAACGAGACGUGCUUCAGCAAGGAUGAAAAGAACUUUUACAAUAACAAUAAUCUACACAACAAUAACGUAAACAAUAACAAUAACAACAUUCACGGCACCAACAACAUCACUUAUCGUCAUAACAACAACAACAUCAUUAGCGAGUGGAAUCUGCGCAAUCGCAACAAUUUGCGCGCGGGUGUUGUUGGAGGAGGAGCGGGAGGAACGGGAGGAGGUGUAGGAGGUGAUGCUAUUGCACCACGACCACAGUACGUCAUGGAGGAGGACUUUGAUCUGUUCGACGAGGACGAGGACGACGGUGAGGACGAAGAAGAUGAGGAGGAUCGAGAUCGCGAAGAUCAAGAGGAGGUGGAAAGUGAUCUAAACACACUUUACGCCGAGGAUCGCCAUUCGAUCGCGUGCGGUGACUACGGUGGAGUGGCUCGUGAACUGUACGGCCAUCCUUCGCGUGUAGGUACGGGCCAGGUCGCUAAUUUGUAUCGAGACCAACGGUCCAAACAUUUGCUUCGUGGUCGGCUCGACCGAGUGUCCAAGUACGCGGACGCCGAGUACAACGACAACUAUCGGCGAUCUUUUGAAGAUUUUUUCAACCAGAACUGCUGCAUCGAACGUAACCAUCGACAGCUGCAGGACAGUGGACGGUUUCUGCUGAAGGCACCCGGUACGCCCCCGAAGAACAAGAGCAUGCUGGAAGUUAAGCCACCGAACCGGUUCGAUGACACCUCGUCCGACUCGACCGACCUGGAGCUGGAUGAUUUUAACUUUGACUUUGAAAAGUAUUGGGAAGAGCUGGAGAAACCGUCCCCGACGUCACCGAGCGAGCUGGAAGAGCGCAAGAGUGCGGGUCGGAGUGCGAUGGCCGGCGGUGCGGCAGCUCCAUCAAAAAAGGUGAAGAACGUCAAUCUCAGCCGGUGCUACAACAACGGUACGGUCAUAGAUAUCUACCACGAUGAUGAUCCGUACCAUCGCGAUCACUAUCACUACCGGGAAGGUGGCAUCGGUAAGGCGAACAAUCACGGCCACAGCCACCGGCACCGCACCAAUGCCAGCUCCCGGAGCAAAGGCUCCAGACACAAGGUGUAUCCGGCGGACCGGGACAAGCGGUCGAUGGCCGACGAGUCCGGCCACCUCUCGGACAAGGGAGCGGGGGGACCGGCCACGCAUGAACCAAGCAGUGCCAAGUCGACGCUCGACGCAGCGGGUAACGCGAUCGGCGGAAACACCAAUGCGAUCAGCUUCCUCAACAACAUAUUCUCCAUCUACAAGCCGAACAAGUACUCGCCACUGAACUGUCACGUCGAGCAGAACUACCUUAAGAACAUUCCCACUAAAAAGAUGAACAUAGUGGCUAGCUCCGCUGCCAGACCGCUCGGUGCAGCCGGUUCCGAUCGUCAUACCGGGGGCGAUCCGUCGUCGACCAAGCGGCCACUCACGGUACAUCCCGCCAAACCGUCCGUUGCUUCGGUGGCUUCCGCAGCGAGACGUAACGCUGCCCGGCCCGGCCAGUCAACCAAGGACCCGCAGGCACGGUUCCAGAUCAUACCGGAGAAGACGGGCGUCAAGAUAUCGCCGCUGUAUCGGCUCGACGCGCAGGACUAUCGGCGGGCGCGCUAUAAACUGAAGAGCACCUCGCGGCCCCUGUCAUUCUGGUGAAAAUUGCUCGACUGUUCGUACUAUUCGGAUGGCCGGCUGGACGGAUUGCCAGUGGUGAAGAAGACGCGGCGACACACCAAGUAUCUCAAGUACUGAAUGCCGCACACAGACACACCCGCCUCCAAGGUCUUUCUCGCACACAUCACAUCACAUCAACAAGCAAAAAAACCUCUGUUGCACUUCCUUCCCGUCGCACCCAGCAAACCCCGUGACCCAAGAUCCGGCCAAAGAGACCCUCCCCACACAACCGAAGCAUAGCCGAAAGCGAUCGCCAUUUUAACAACCGUACCAUGGACCCUGGAACCCCGCCGUCGGACCCCGUCGCACGCAAGCAUCCAUCAUAUUGUUGUCACAUCAAUCGGUGUCUUUCGAUGUUCUUUGUAUCAGUGUGUCAUUGUCAAUGUCCUUAUCAACGGGGUUUUGCAGGAGCAAACAGGUCGAAGAAAAUGAAGAAGCAGACGGUGUAAAACCACAAAACAAAGCAAGCAACCAAACCUAGUCCCACACAUCUGUUUUCAUCUGUGUACACUCUACCACUAAAACAACUCACCAAACAAAACAAAACAAAACAAACAAAACAAAACGUAUAAAAUCGAUUUUGAUACAUUUUUCCUCCCGUUGGUGGGAGAGAGUUUUUAUAAGAAAAACAAAACACAAAAAUUACAUGGCCGGCACCACCCACGACCAAGACACACACGCGAAGCGUUACGGGCAGACGGUAGCACACAUGAGGCACCGCAUCCUCAUUCCAAGCUGUAAAAAGCUCGAUCAUUCGAUGCUCGACUCUGCUGAUCCCGUAUCGCGCACACGUUUGCGCCACCAAGUUAGCUAACAUUAUUUGGAGAACUUUAUCGCAACAAAAAAUGCUCUUCACUUUGAGAUAGGGGACAGCAUCAUCAUCAACAGAGCGAACCUAUGCAGUGCAGUAACUCCAAUUACGUUUACCUUCAACGUUCCUGAACCAGUUGGAAAGCUUCUGCAGUUGUUAAGUAGAGCUCCUAGCGCUAUCGUCAAGCUGUACAGGGCACGAUACACGAUACAACUUUUGCGUUUAAUCAUUUCUAGUGCAUCGUUGUACCAUACCUAUCCAGAUCAGAUUUUAACACUUAACUAACAAACAAACUGCAAAAAAACCCCGUUACAGUUACACAAGGAGUGGCGCAGAGUAGAGCUAGGCUAAUAUCUAUCAUCCUGUUACCUGUACAUACCCACCAUGUUGUUUCGUUGGCUCAUUAGAAAAUUUUAAUACGAACCGUACAGAAGCUGGUUGAUGGCUUUUCUCUAUGCUAGGAUCUUUCUCCGACGAGUAUAAUCAACCGUUUUAUGUCCUCACCACCACUGCUAACACUGUCGGAACCAGUCAUACAGGUAGCGAGAUGUAUGCAUGUAAUCGAAACCAGCAUCAUGUACAUUAUCAAACCAUCUCGAUACGCAUGCAUUCGCGGCAGGCGAUCAAUUUGUGAUAGGCAGGUGGCAGUGUCGAAAAGAAACACACAGACAAACACACACACACACACACACUACAGUACAUACAUCCUAAGUAUCAACAGCCAGUUCAUACAUACCAGACCACAGAUUUUGCGCACAGUUUUAACAUACCCCUAGCGAAACAAGCCAGUUCUCAACGUAGCCUCUUGCAUAGGUCCCUUUUUGUCCCAAUCUUCUAGGCCUUCUAGGUUUGCCAGUGAACUACAUUUACUCUAGCUCUGAAUCGUUCCAACACCUAGUCCUACGUUUGUAAAACCCUUGCUGCAGGCUAGUGUAGUUUCAGCCAGGCUUCUCUAUUUCGAUUAGCAAACCACUUAGCGAAAGCUCCUUCUUCCUCCCUACGGCCACACAAUAGACGGAAACUGUGAAAUGGCUUUCGAGCGUUGCAAUGCUACGUCCCGGGUAUCUGUCGAUGCCUGUACAACUUGUUCCCCUGGUCCACCAUUGCGUAGGAUGCACGGUAGAUCCUGCAGGUCCUGUCCGUCCCCCCUGGAGGAGGAGGAGGAGGAGGAGAACCCGGAGAUAAGUACGAGUCUCCGAGCCUCACUCCCUUUCCCACUCUCUCUCUUUCUUCCCUUUUGCCAAAAACAAACAAGCGACAACUUCCCUCUAUACUGGAACGAUACGAAAGGCAGUAACAACCAGCGGCCAGUGCAUGAUUGCCCGAAUACUACGAACGCGGUAGAACUCUGGUCGAUUACUCUGGCAGCCACAGUCCAUCGGCUGUGAGGCGGAUGAGCUGCUGGCUGCGAAAGUUCGCCCAGACACAACAAUAGUGCAAGCUUUUAUUUGUUCAGCGGUACGCUCAGCGUCAAAGCUAAUCACUAUUUUACUGCAAUAGAAAAUUGUUGAUAAGGAGGAAAGCCUCAGAAAACUGAGCGUAGCCUCUCAGAAGCUCUUCAAACAGUUAUUUGCAAUAGCGUACCGGGUGUUACCGCUUGCUGAACGAGUCAAUUUGUUUUUUUUUAUAUUUGGGAAACAGUUUCUGAAUGGCAAAACACAGUGAAGCUUGUUUUGUGCCGGUUUUUAAACAGAUCUUACAGAGCGCCGUAUUAGCGAGCGAGGUAGAAUAGCUGCUCAAAACAUAACUACAAACAGUUUCAAAGGAGCUUUCGAGCAUUUCUUAACGAACUCUCACUCUCUCUCUCUCUCUCUCUAGAUCUUAAUAGUAACAACUCUAGCAACUCGAAGUAAAACACGAUAAAUAGAACGCAACUAACUAGGCACAGCAGACAGGUCGUCGUAGGAAAGUAUAGUAGAUGUGUAAUCCUUCCCCAAACACUUUGUACCAUCCAUGCAUCUAUCCAUGCCCAACGCACUUCUUUAUAACCUAGAGCAUUUUUUCCCGGUAGUAGAGCUUCCAGAUUUUAUCCGCGACACUGGAUAGCUGAUGGAUCAUUUUUUCGCUAGCAAAUGUUGGUGACGUACUAGAGCGUUGUCUUAACAUUCCUACCCGUAGGUCAACUGUUUUCACCGUAGAUGUAGCAAACGGAUGGUUGGAGCCACUCCAACCUCCGGCAACAACAACAACAACAAAACACGUUUUGUUCGUUAGUCUAGCGUAUAUGAAAGUUAUUGCCGCAUUUCUUUCUUAUGGCGCAUCGUGCCAAGCGAACCGCCGUUUCACGUCGAUCCACGCGUGUGAGCGCUCGGCGGAACGCUUGUACCGAUGCUCGAAUCGAUGUAGGACGGAUCCUUACUUCCCCCCCGUGAAAGCGAUCUUGCGAAAGAUGUAUAACUGCACGAAGCUCGCCGAUCUAUCCUUCAUCCUCGCUUUCGCUCUCCACCAUCAUGGCAGACGAUCCACGAUGGUAGCGAGUGAUCAUACCCUUAUCAUAGCAAAAACCAAACCAAACAAAACGAAGAAGCGAAGAAGAAGCAAGAAAUAGUUGCACAUCAGCAACAUACUCAGCUGCAUACCAGAGCUUACAGUACAGUGUUUAUACCGCUAAGCAGGUACGCUCCCAUUUUUAAUCAAGUACCGAUUAACUCUCAACUUAAACUAUACGACGUAAGGCGUAGCAAGCUAUUUGUAUGUAGAUGGAACGCACCGAAACGCUAGGCACCAACAAACAUGGGCGCACCCUCGAUGGACAGUGGUAGCUAGUAGUAUACAGACGCAUACAGACACCGACACACAUCCACACUUGUCACUCAGCGCACUAUAAGAUGUCGUCACUCAGUAGCGCACGCGAUCGAACACGCUUCAUCUCAUCAUCAUUGUCUAGCCCAGCAUUGCUGGCCCAAUUGCAUGUGGGUCCCCGUUUCUUAUACACGAAGGCACACCAAGCUAUACCAAAUGAAUGUGAUGUAAACUAAGGCGCUAGUAAGCUCUCACUCAUCGCUCAUCACUAUUGCGGUACACCGAACAUCCCGUGCAGGCUUCUCACCAGAGAAGCUACUAAACAUUGGUUGCAAGAUUUGGGCGAAGCGCUUGUGUGUAGUUUGAGGUCGCAAAUCGUACCAAGUAGCUGCACCGAAGAAGCUGCUUCAUUUGUUUCACACGAUCAACAUCCGGAUGUUUGCUUUCGGAGCUUAUCGCCGCUGUACUUAGACGCACCGGAGACAGAGACCGAGACAAACACUCGCUCGAUGCUCGUUUGUUGUUCGUACGUUCGAGCUCCUACACAAAUGUCGCCGUUAGGUUUAGGCAACAGUAUUUAUGAUCUUUUUAAACACCUUCACCACACAGUCGAUUAGUUUAGUGGAUCAAGACCACAGAGCAUUUGUGCAUUUGUGAUAUCAUUCAUCACCACAGGCGAACAACGCAGCGCUCUCGCACGACAAAAAAACCCCUUCACAUUUGCCUUAUGAGAGGAUGAGGAAACGUGUAAGAAUGGAGCCGUAUUUUUGGGGUGGAAACCGUUCUUCCGUUAGCCAGAUGUUUUCACACAGACACACAGCAACACGUUUCCGGCAGCCUUGUUGGUAAAGAAUUGUUGAACGAACUUUGUUAAUGCAUCAUUUUACACCCUUGUUUUUCGUUUUUUGUGGUUUGAUCCUUCCUAACACGAACAAGCAGAGUAAAAAUAAAUAAAAAAAAAACGUAUGUGAUAAAACUAAUGGUAGAGCAAAAUGUUGAUGCAGAUUUUCCAAAGAACAAAACCCUAGGCAAAGUGCAAACAUAGUACGUAAAACCCGACGUGUGCAAACAGAAAACAAACACAAACACACCUAACACGUCAGCGAUGAUGCAUUUUACUGUGUUCCGCACGCGAAGUGGUGCCCGGCGGUCACCACAGGCGGGUCGUCGUUGUUGUUUUGGGUCGCCAUUUUAAAACCAAACGGGCGCCCCACCCCACCCGGAGUCGACGGUUAGCUUUUGGAGGUGGAAGAAGAAAUAGAUGCUGUUAGUGGGUCGAUCGCAAAUGAAUCGUAAUGAAUGCACUGUGUUUAAAACUUAGUAGUGUAUGUGGAACAAAAGCAACAUUUUAAAUAUGACAACAGCAGCAGCAAAAAAAGGGAGAAAACAGAAAGAACAAACAGCAAACAAAACAAAAUACAGCAACAUACUGAUGUUACGAUGUGUUAUGAUUGUGGUAGUAAUUGUUAGUAGAGAGAAACCCAACUGAACAAAGAACAACUAGGAAGAAGAAACAACUCAUCAACCCAUCAAUGCUUUAACACGAUCGUCAGCAGGAUCCAUCAAGAAAACACAACACGCUAAGCUCAUCCUCAUUCAAGUGUCAAAAGAAGCAGUAGUAGCAGACCAACCAACCUAUGGCACUUCCCAUACUUACUAGAGCAAAACCCAUCGAACUAAAGUCAUCCGGCAGUGUGUUACGAUCUUGUUUUUCUUUAUCCGAUUGGUUGAACUUUAACUCCCAUAAACAAACACCAGUUCCCUAUCCACUCUUCCAGAAAGGGGAAAGCACAGCCCAAGUAUUAACCAUUGCAACCGUGUCGAUGCCGAACAGAGGGGAAGCAUAGCACGUAAGGACCCACAGGAAACAUGAAAACUUUAAUGCAAAAUAGCAUGCUAACCGAUCGUUAGUGGUAUGUGUGUGGAGCGGUUGGGGGACUUUAUCGUUUCUUGUUUUAGAGCAAUGUUUACAAUUUAUACUCCAGCGCUUGGAUAAGAAGCGUGGCAGGAAUGACUGCUGCUGUACACAGGUCCUAACGGGACAUAGAAACAGUUUGAGAGGAUAAUACGCGACGCUCUGCUUCCAAGCCACGAUUUAACGAACGUUCAACAACACUGAAGGGACUCAUUUGCUAGACCGAAUAUACACUUCCCCGUGCACUCGUCUAAAGCCCAGUGAUACAAUAGUGAAAAGAGAUCCCCCCCCCCUUGACUAGAUGGAACACUAUGCGAUGAAUUUCACAGCUCCAUGCAUCCGUACACCCGUGUUAACACUCUUAUUAUCAGUACCGUCACCCAUUAUGCCGAACGUCAUAUCACGAAACAUAACUGAAAUAAAAAUUCUUUUUUCACGCCUUUU